AUGGAUCUCUGUGGAUUGUUUAUGGUAGAAGGAGGGGUUGGGUUUGUGGCAGAAGGCGGUGACAGAGCUGGGGUAAAGGUGGGAGUGGAGAAGACAGAGAGAGGGAGAUACCUGGCGUUCCUUGCAGCGGAGUUGCUGGCUGUCGGCAUUGCUGGAGACCCCAGCGACCCCCUUCUCUCUUUUUCCCAUGGGAAGGAGAGAGGGGAGGGUGCAUGUGUGCAGAGAGAGAGAAAUACUAUGAGAAAUGGCGGAAGAUUUGAGGAGUGGGGGGUUUGGGGGAGAGAAUAUGGGGGAGGGGGUGUCUGCAUGCGAAGCAUGGGAGAUGGAAAAGAGGGGAGGGCAAUACCUUGGUGGUGGCGCUGUGGCUCUGGCGAGGGUGCUGUGGCGCUUCGUGCGUCAGUGGCGAGAUAGAGAUGCAGAAAGUGUGAGAGGGAGUGUGUGUGUGAUGGUAUG